AUGGAAACUGUAUCCCCAAAAUUGAGUCAAGAUGAUAAUAAAAGUUACUCGGCCGAAUCCGUUUAUCGAUCAUUACAAAGUCAAAUGUCAAAUGUUGACUAUACGCCAUGGAUGAGGAAAAAACCAAAACAUGAUAAAUCUAAGCCAUCUUCUGCCAUCGAUGAUGAUUCUGAUUACCAACCUUUGCCAGUUAUCAGAGAACAUAAAUGUUCAUCCUGUUGUGUACAUAAACGAUCUGAAACAAAAAAAGUAGUUAAAACAGUAGAAAACGUCAAGAAAAUUGAAUGGAUACAAGCACAAAUUCAAAAUUUGAUUCAGGAUAAUUUAUUAAUGAGAAAAUUGAUAUAUGAAAAUGAAAAAGAGGGACAUGAUACUGUUGCUGGAACAAUACGAAGAUUUGAUCAAUAUCAAAAAACAUUGAAAGUUGUUGAGACAAAACAAAAUGAAGAGAAAACAGAGUUGCUGAAGUUGGUUGAAGACGAAAAACAAAAACUUUUUAUGGAACUAGAAAUGUAUGAAAAUGAGGUGUUAAAAGUCGAUACUAUACUUCAAGAUUGUCAACAGUUAUUGAAGCUUUUAAAAACAUUUAAAGAUAGUGAAUAUCCAGAAAAAGAAUUGGCAGUUCAAAAAUUAAUACAUGAAAUAGAAGAUGUUAAAUUAUUUAAUACGGAGGAAAUAGAUGAACUUCAACGUAUAUUAGAACGACAACACAUGAAGUACAUAGAAAGUGUACAAGAAGCAGAAAAGAAGUUAAAACAACGAAAAGCAUCGGUUGCAUUUUCUGAAAUGCAUAGUUCAUGGAGAAAAGUGGCACUUGAUAAUUUUCUAAUGAAACAGGUAGUCAUAUUACCACUAUCACCAUCAUUGUUAGUUAAGUAG